AUGAGCAUCUUCUCGGGACGCAGCCGCUUCCUCGGCUACGAGACGGACGUGAUCACCGCCGUCAAGCAGCUCCCCCGCGACAUCUUCUACCUCACCACCAAUGGACGAAUCAUCGACACCGAGGCGUUGGAUGGGCUGGGCAAAGACGAGCCGUUCAACGUCGUCUUCCGCCUGCCGGGCGGCAAGGGCGGAUUCGGGGCCCUCCUCCGCUCCUUCCGCGUCAACAAGAGCACCAACAAGGACAUGAUGAGGAAUCUCGAUGGCCGUCGCCUUGGUGCUGUGGAGAAAGAGAAGAAGAUCCGCAAGUGGUUCGAGAAGAAGGAGGAACGCGAGCGGUUGGCCGUCGAGAAAAGAAAGGCCAAGAUGGCCAAGCUGAAAUCGAAGGCCCCGCACGACUUCAAGGAGUCCGAGCAGUUCGAGGAGGAGCGCAAGGAGCUCGAGGAGAAGGCUGAGGCCGCCUUUGAAGACGCCCUGAAAAACCUGCUCGAAUCGACGGACGCUGGCGACGACAAGAAGAAAAAGAAGCAGAAGACGAGCCAGGAGCCGCAGUCUUCUUCAUCUGAUGACUCGGACUCCGAUCCCGAAAUGCCCGGCACCAGCGGGUUCUCCUUCGGCAAGAGCAAGAAGCGAAAGGCCGUCCACUUCGGGGAGGCCGACCUGGGCCCGUCAGCCGCCAAGAACAAGCGACAAGAGACGGUGACGGUGACCGUGGUUGAACAGCCGAAAGUCGAGAAACCCAUUGUCAAGAAGCCGGAAGUGGUCGUCGAGAAGGCCGAGAAGCCCCAGCCGCAAGCAGAAGCCCCAGCCACGAAAAAGGAGGAAGAGACUCCCUCGCCUCCCAAGGACUUCCCGGCCGUACUGCUCGACGACUUUGCUGACGCCGCCCAGCUCCAGGCCCUCGGACUCCACCAUCUGAAGCACGCGCUGGAAGCGCGCGGCCUGAAGUGCGGUGGAUCGUUGGAGGAGCGCGCGGCGCGUCUCUACUCCAUCAAGGGACUGCCCGCCGACAAAUACCCCAAGAACAUCCGCGCCGCCGCCCGGCCGAAGCCAGCCAAGAAG